UAUAAAUAGUAGAUUCACAUUUGCAAUGAAUCUUGAAGUGAAUCCUUUGUCUUUCUCUGUUAUUGGUGUUGUUAUUGUUGCUAUUGCUUCAUUUGCGUUUGUGAUGAAAAAUUGCAAAAGCAAAAAUGAGAGGAAACUGCCUCCGGGGAAGAUGGGUUGGCCUUGGGUCGGUGAAACCAUAGAUUUCUACAAAGCUCAAAAGAAAAAUAGGCUUUACCAAGACUUCAUUCAAGCCCGCAUCCGAAAGCACGGCCUCACCUUCAAGACGAGGCUGAUGGGCCACCCAACUGUGGUGGUGAGUGGGGCCGAGGCCAACAAGUUCUUCCUCUCCAACGAGUUCAAGCUAGUCGUGAGCUCGUGGCCCUCCUCCUCCGUGCAGUUGAUGGGAGUGAACUCGAUCAUGGAGAAACAAGGGGAGGCGCACCGCUGCUUACGUGGCAUCGUGGCCACCAGCCUCAGCUCGUCCGGCCUUGACAAUCUGGUGCCUAGGAUUUGCAACACCGUGACAAUGCACUUGGAAAGAUAUUGGAGUGGUGGGGAGAAAACUAUUAGUCUCUAUGGGCUAACAAAAGUUUUGACAUUUACUAUUGUUCUAGAAUGCUUGUUGGGGAUUGAGGUGAAACCCGGGAUGUUGGAGAUGUUCGAGAAGGUUCUUGAAGGGGUGUUCGCGGUCCCUUUUAGCUUCCCAGGGUCCAAAUUCUCAAGGGCGAAAAGGGUGAGGAAGGAGAUAGAGGAGAUGCUGGUGGAGAUUGUAAGGGAUAGGAGAAGAGAAAUGGAACAACAAGAGCAAGAACAGAGUGAAGGGGGAGGGAUUCUCCUGUCCAAGUUUGUUGCUGCCCUGAUUCGAGGUGAGAUUACUGAGGCGGAGGUGGCUGAUAACAUUGUGUUGCUCGUGUUUGCAGCCCACGACACCACCUCCUUCGCCAUUGCCAUGACCUUCAGGAUGCUGGCUCAUCAUCCAAACUGCUAUGCUCUCCUUCAAAAAGAACAUGAAAACAUGAUACGCAGCAAAAGCGUACCAGGCGAAGCUCUCACGUACGAGGAUGUGAAGAAGAUGAACUACACAUGGCAAGUGGCACGCGAGAGCAUCAGGAUUUUCCCUCCAAUUUUCGGGUCUUUUAGAAAAGCAAUCCAAGAUAUUGAAUUCGAUGGAUAUAUGAUUCCCAAGGGCUGGAAGGUGUUGUGGACAGCAUAUGGAACACAUUAUGAUUCGAACUACUUUGAAGAUCCGUUGAGAUUCGAACCAGGUAGGUUCGACGACCCGGUCCAGCCCUUCUCAUACGUUCCGUUUGGCGGAGGGCCAAGAUUGUGUGCAGGAUACCAAUUAGCGAAGCUGAACAUACUUAUAUUUGUACAUUAUGUUGUGAGUAGGUAUAACUGGACAUUAGAGAAUGUUGAUGAGCCAAUUACAGUAGAUCCUCUCCCAUUCCCUUCUCAAGGAAUGCCAAUUAGGAUCUCUCCCAAGUCGCAAUAGCAGAGUAUUUCAUCAGUGCAUUAAUGAAUUUAAUUUGAUUGAUCACAAUAUGUCUCAGCU